AUGAGCACGUGCACGACGGGACCGUACUUGAGGGAUAGGCGGUGGAAGGCCCGGUGGGGAAGCCCGCGCCCGAUUAGGUGGUGGAUGUGGCCGAUCACGGGCAGGCUCGGCGGGCCAGGAGGCAGAUUCUUUUUUUGGGCGACGGGUUUUUUUGGUUUGGUAAUUAGUGGUAGUACUAGUUUGAUUAGGAAGAGGAUGAAGGAUGAGAUGAGGAGCAGAUCUAACCUCAAAUUCGCAUGCCCUUAUCGGUCCGGUCCAGAUUACCAGGGAAUAGUAAACGCAAGUAGCGGCAACGAUAACAUUAUGAGUUGUGAUGAUUUGAAGGGUCAUAUAUAUAAGUCCUCCCUCUUCACUCAUGUCGAUAUCUUGCGGAUCCAUCCCUUGAGGCAUUCUCCAAUCAAAGUGGUACAAAAGGAUAGCCAGCGGCAGCUCCACAUUUGCCAACCCGAAAUUGACAGCGGGGCAAUUCCUUCUCCCCGACCCAAACGGGAUAUAUUUGAAGUCGUUACCCGAGAAAUCUAUGGGGCUGUUAUCGAACCUUUCUGGGCAGAAGAUUUCGGGGUCUGCCCAAUACUUGGGAUCUCUUCCCAUAGACCAGGAGCUGAUGAGGAUUUUUGUCUUGGGAGAAAUCGAGUAGCCACUGAUCUCGCAUUCCUCUCUGCACGCUCUAAAGAGUCGCUCUCUUCAAUGUACUUCUUCCCUUUGAGAGCACUGCGUACUUCUGCCUGUGCUUUCGCCAUCACGUCCGGAUUUCUCAUGAGCUCCGCCAUCGCCCAAUCAACUGUGCGCCCCGGUGUUUCACUUCCAGCAGCGAACAUGUCCUGA